GGAGAGGGGGCGGGCGGGGAGGUGCGCCCCGCCCUCGGGGGGCAGGCGGUGUCGACGCCGCGGGUGUCGCGAGCGAGCGCGAAGGUCGGUUCCCCUCGGGGCAUCCAGGGCUCCUUAAAGGCGGCGCGCGAGCCCCCCCUGCCCCCGCUACGGACUAUGUCGGUGUCGCCCGUGAAGCGGCAGAAGAUGGAGUCGGUGCUGGACCAGCUUAAACACCACACCACCGUGGUGGCUGACACCGGGGACUUCAACGCAAUUGAUGAGUACAAGCCCCUAGAUGCAACAACAAACCCAUCUCUGAUACUAGCUGCUGCUCAGAUGCCAGCUUACCAGGAACUUGUGGAUGAUGCAGUUGAGUAUGGAAAAAAACUUGGUGGGUCAGAAGAUGAGCAGAUCAAAAAUGCUUGUGACAAACUUUUUGUAUUAUUUGGAGCGGAAAUAUUGAAGAGGAUACCUGGCCGUGUGUCAACAGAAGUAGAUGCAAGGUUGUCCUUUGAUAAGGAAGGAAUGAUUCAGAGGGCCAGGUGCCUCAUCGACCUUUAUAAGGAAGCAGGAAUUGGUAAAGAUCGUAUUCUCAUAAAGCUCUCUUCAACAUGGGAAGGGAUCCAGGCUGGCAAGGUUCUGGAAGAGGAGUAUGGGAUUCACUGCAAUAUGACCUUGCUGUUCUCCUUUGCUCAGGCAGUUGCCUGUGCUGAAGCUGGAGUUACUCUGAUUUCCCCAUUUGUAGGACGUAUCCUGGAUUGGUAUGUUGCAAAUGGGGAUAAGAAAACCUAUGAGCCUUCAGAGGAUCCAGGUGUGAAGAGUGUCACUAAGAUCUAUAAUUACUACAAAAAGUUUGGCUACAAAACUAUUGUGAUGGGUGCUUCAUUUCGAAAUACAGGAGAAAUAAAAGCGCUUGCAGGCUGCGACUAUCUCACUAUUUCACCCAAGCUUUUGGCAGAGCUCAGCAAAGAGUAUGUCAAGUUAACUCCCACACUCAGUGUUAAAGAUGCUCAGGCAUGUGCUCUUGAGAAGAUCCACCUGGAUGAGAAAGCAUUCCGCUGGCACCAUAAUGAAGAUCAAAUGGCUGUGGAAAAGCUGUCAGAUGGGAUCAGAAAAUUUGCUGCUGAUGCAGUUAAACUGGAGAGAAUGUUAAAGGAGCGAAUGUUCAGUGCUGAAAAUGGAAAAUAGGAAAAUCAUCGUUUUCCUGGCUGGUCAAGGUUGAAUGAGUGGAUCAUUUGAAGUUAAAUGGAUGUACAAAUGUCUUACCUGUAAAAGUCUUAUGCUAUAUAUGGAUAGAUUUUCUGUAUUAUGCUUUUUUAAUCAAUUUGCAAAGGGACAAAUAGAAAUUCAAUUUUUGUGGCACUCUUGUCAAUACAUUCAAAUUAACACAUACUUUCCUUGUAAUGUGAUCAUUUCACUGUUGCAGGGGAUUCAGUUGAUUGGAAUAUUGAUACUGUGUCAGCCCAAUAAAAGUUAUAAUGCUGCA